AGGGGGGAGACAGAAAGGAGAGAGCCCACAGCUUGCCGACGCGGUCUGACCGCCGAAAGCCUUCCCCCUCCUACCGGCAGCAACCGUGGACGUAAGCCUGUAGCCGCCAGUUUAGCCACGAAGCCGCCAAGGCAACCACCGGCGGCCCGAGGGGAAAUUUUACGUGUUCAGGGGAGAAAAAAAAAAAGGACGACAGCAUCAGCAACAGUAGCAGCAACAUCAGCAGUAGCAGCAGACUGCGGAUAUGUGAUGCGGACGCCGGCGACGUGAGACAACGACAUCGAUGGAGCAGCAUGAGGAGAAGUCACCUGCCAUCAAUUCCAGCAGUCCCAGCAGCCUCUCCUCCGGCAAAGAUGUCAACGUUCCAACAACACAGUCGCCACCGACGAAGCUUCCUGACACCGUCGAAGAUACGAAAGAUAUCAUGGCAAAGAAGCUUCAGCGACGUUGGGAAGUUCUCCCGGGCAAGAACAAAUAUCAUUGCAACGGGCGGAUAAUGAUGGCACGGCAGACUGGAAUAUUCUAUCUCACGUGUACAUUAAUCAUCGUGACCAGUGGAUUGUUCUUCGGUUUUGACUGUGUCUACUUGGCGCUACAUGUUACACCUGCAAUCCCAGCUAUUGGAGGAGCACUUUUCAUUUUUGUCAUGGCAACACUGUUCAGAACUAGCUUUAGUGAUCCUGGGGUCAUUCCUCGGGCAACUUCAGAGGAAGCAGCUGAUUUGGAGAAACAGCUUGAAGUUCCAAAUGCUGGCUCACCUGGUACUACUUACAGACCACCACCUCGUACAAAAGAGGUAGUUGUCAAAGGACAGGUAAUAAAGCUGAAGUACUGCUUUACCUGCAAGAUCUUUCGACCACCACGGGCUUCACAUUGCAGCUUGUGUGACAACUGUGUUGAGAGAUUUGAUCAUCACUGCCCAUGGGUUGGCAAUUGUGUUGGCAAGAGAAACUAUCGCUACUUCUAUCUCUUCAUACUGUCCUUGUCAGUUCAUUGUAUAUACAUCUUUGCCUGUGUUCUCACUAACCUCAUAUUACGAGCACAGCAAGACAAUUUCCUGACAGCCAUGAAAGAUUCACCUGCAAGCAUUGUUGAAGCACUGGUGUGUUUCUUCUCUGUCUGGUCUAUUGUUGGCCUGGCAGGUUUUCACACCUAUCUGUCUACUUCUGAAAUUACCACAAACGAAGAUAUCAAAGGCUCAUUUACAUCCAAAAGAGGCCAAGACAACUUUAAUCCUUACAGCAAAGGUUCCAUUUUCAAAAACUGUAUGCAGGUGCUAUGUGGCCCUACUCCUCCAAGUUUGCUGGACAGACGCGGCUAUGUAGUUCCUGACGCCAUUCAGUCAAAUGUAAGUGGGGCCGAAGCAAACAAAGAGUGUGAGAGUAACUCAGUCAAUGUGCGUCAUGAAUAUUACGGCUCUACAACAGUCACCAAUCAGAAAACAGGAAACAUGGGCACUAGUACGAUACCUGACUUUACAUCUCCAGCAGUCAUCACAUCAUCAGAAGAAGUGCUUCCCUCCAAUGACAGCAUAAAAAAGAAGGAGAUGAUUAGCUAUCAGUCACCUGACGGCUCCAUAAACAGCAAGCUCCCACCUGUAAAUGGAACAUCAUCUCCAGCCACAUGUGGAGGAAAGAAGAACCAUAUCUGGGACAUGACAUUUAACCAGCUUAACUACCUUGGUCGGCCCAACAACCAUGCUGGCAUUCACGGCACAGGUGCCAGCUCUAUCUAUCCACAGCCUUACCGCCAUUCCGACUACAUUUCUGGCACAACUGUGCUGCCAGCUGUCAAAGGAAAUAAAGCUACUAUGUCUCGUGGUUGCAGCACAGACUUUUGAGCCCCAUGUUUUGUGACACAAGCAACAUGAAGGCAAAAGAGACCUAUGUUUCAUAGACAAUGACAUGACAUCCACAUCAGCACAAGACCCGGCAUGUUUGUGACUGCUGGUCCUGUUGGCUAAUGCUACAGUGUCACUGGAAAAGGAACAUGUCUGCCACUUGUUAUUCCUUGUCAUUAGUGGUUCUCUGUCUUGAGCAUUCUUUUGUUUCCAAAAUGCAUUUUGAGAUUUAAAAAAAUCAGGUUAUAUUAAAUAAUCCUCAGUGACAUGCAAGAUGUAAGAGUGUUUUUAUUUUGAUUUAUAUAAUAUUUGUAUUGAAAGUGCUUUGGCCCAUCGUUGAUGUCAUUUAUUUAGUUUUUCUGCAGAUUGAUGUGUAAAUUUCAAUAGCUCAGACCCCAAAUUAUGUGUGACAUGCUUUUCUGAUCUUCAGACCAUUAUGGUCAAUGAUAUGCAUGUUUUGUAGACAAUAAGGAAUGGCCUGACAUUAGCCCAGGUGAAGGGCAUUUGUAUCCAUUGCAUUUUAUUUGUAACAUUUUAUUUUCCAAGAAAGGAACAAAAGAUGCUGAAUGCCAUGUUUGACUUAAUUUGCAUUACUUCUUGGAACAUAAAAUGUGUGUCAAGACCUGAUGUUUCGAAAAGGGUUCCCCUCCACUCCUGCCACCUCCCCCAUAUUAACCAAUAUCUAUAUCUUGGUUUUAAUUGUGAGUGGUGCAUUUAUCAAGUUCCAUCUUGCUUAAAGAAAAUUCCAGUCAUGCAAGCUUCUCACCCUUUGGCUAGAAGGCUGUAGGAUAUGGACUUAAAGGCUGCUUCUUGCAAGCUAUUUGAAAAAUAAAAAAAAAAAAGCCAAAACUAGCAAGUGACUGACUGACUAAUCCUGUGGUGCAUUUUUUGUAAGCAUGCUGAAUUGAAAUCACAAAUAGGAGGAUUUGAAGUCAUGAGGUUAGAAUGUUAGACUUCAGAGCAGAAGGUCAUAGUUGAGAAGGCUCACUUGGGCCAGAAACUGGAAAGCUCUCUUCCCCACCCAGAUGCAAAUGGGCGAGUGAUUUAUCAGGGUAAAUACAAAGUGGCAAAACGAGAGGGCUGGGCUUUACCUGCUCUAGACUGUCAACCACUAACCAUUAACAUCACUAUGACUAGUAGGCCAUGGGACCCUUACCUUUUCGCUAUGUAGACUUUGGUCUGAUUGUGGAAGACGCUUAGAAAGAAGGAAGUUGGAAUGAAGGAUUUUAAAAACAAAUUUUAAAGCUUAAGGAGUAACCUGAGUGAAAAUUUCUUUGGGAAUUUUUAAUCUAUGAGUGUAUAAUUCUAGUUCGAGAUAAAGAUGUUUGAUCAGUGUUUUCAGUUUCAUUUAGGAAUGACUGCAACCUAAUUUUCUGUGAUGUCACAAAAGGAAGCUCUCUUUUAUGACAGUGCCCCAUUAAUAUGAACUUGAAGCUCUCACAUUUUUUUCUCAACCCAAUUAUUAGUGACAGCCAGAAAAAGGAUUAAAAAUCAUGCCAGGUUUUUUUGGGGGGGGGAGUUGCUUUGUCCCAUUAACUUUGAACUUUCUGACAUUGAGUCAAUCAUUAAUAUGUAAACUUUCCAGUUUGCUAGCCUUGCCAGUUAUUUACUUUUAAUCUAAAGUAUUGCUGUGGCCUGUAAAAGGAAAAUCAUGUAAGCAUUUUGUCAAAAUUAUUGUGUAACUUUGUGCAAAAGGUUUUUCAUCUUUUCUUUUUAUAUUACCAUCUUCUGCAUUCAGCUCUACCUAUUAUUUGAAAACAUUUGAAUCAUCAUAAUAAGUAAACACGCUGACAUUCCAGGUUUCUUAAACGAAUUAAGCUUCCAGCCAGCCGCAAUAAAACUGCAGUUAUUUCCAUCUGCUUUUGAACUUAGAGCUGAGCUGUCAAAGUCAUAUUGUCUUUGUUCCAUGUUAAUGAGGAAGGCUGGAGCCUCUUCACAUCAAGUUUUGAAAACAUUUAUAUUUUUCACAGUUGCGUUUAUGUUUGUUUCAUUUUUUUAUGCUAAAGAAAAUAUUCUAACAAUCCUUACAGUGGCUCUUCAGCAUGUAACAAGCCAUAAGGAGUCAAGCAAAAUCUCCUUGGUGUUUUUUCUUUUUUUCCUUCAAGAUUUUUCCUCCAACACUGAUUUUUUUUUUCGGGGUCUGGAGGUGGAUUUUUUUAAUGGUUAUUUUCCUCAGCAUAUGCCAUCGGAUCCUCUGGCUGCAUUUUGUUUGUAAUUCCAAACACGUUUUGGUUGUGAAAAUUAUAGGUGAAUCAUUUCUUCUGAAAACGUAAAGGAGAUAGUAGCAGUGAGUGUUGGUCUAGAAGCAGAUACCAUUCCUACAUUCUUGCUCCUCCACUGUCCUAGUCUAUCUAGUCAUCUCUGCUUUCAUUCAUAAACAUCUCGAUCACUAAACAAGGUGAAUUUUUUCUGUGUUACAAUUGGAACUAAUUUAAAAUGUGAUGAUCAAGGAACUGUAGAGUGGAGCAUAAUCAUUGUGGUGAUUCAAUAUUCAUUUCAGCAUUUUUAAUCAUGUAGUUGCUUCAAUAAUGCACUGUAUGGCUAUAUUUGGGUAUUAUUAUUGAAAUCAUGACAUUUCAACAAUUAUGAGACUGAUUAUUUGUAUCCAUUUGACUUGCUGAUUUACAGAGUGCUUUGUAUGUGUCUUUUGAAUGCAGUUUGUAGAUAAUGUGUUUUUGUUGUUCAUAUCCAACAUUAUGGGAUAUAGCAUGUGCUCUCGACAGGCUGUUGUGAUCAGUCAUACCAAAAUUUCUUCAACUUAACAUGAUAAUGUGCCUAAACAUUAGUUUGUUCUUCAAGGGUUCUAAUUCCCUACUCACAACUACAUCUUCCCUUUGUGCUUCUUUCAUGCUUAACAAAGGCCAGGGACUGUCAACAGCAUAUGAGCUGUCCAGAACUACAUGCAUUCCAUUAGAAUGUGGCUUCUGGUAACAAGGAUUUGUUUGUGCAUAUGUGUGUAUGCGCGAGAGGAUGCAUCCACUAGAGUAUGUAUGUGUGUAUGGUUAGUUAAUCUUUGAUAUUCUUUGUUCACAUACAAAAUAUUGAAUGAUCGGAGUUUUUGUUUUCCUUGAAGGUCUCACAAAAUAAAUGUUGUCAUCUUGUCAUUGUACAUAGAUCAUUUUACAGCAUGUUGUAAAUACUGGUUAAUGUAAACAUGUUUUUAUGUGGAAUAUGAUUACAGACUUUAUGUUCUGAUUGAUCUCAUGCUCAGCUUGCUUCCCUUGUAGAGAGGACAUUUCCCCACCUGUGUUGCUGCAGUUUUUUUGUCUGUAAGUAGACUGUGUAACAAAUACAGCUAGAAAUUUAAAAGAAGCUUGUGUGUUAAAAGGUUGGGGGACGUCGGAGUAUGUCUGUCAUCCAUUCUGUGUCAUAAGUGAAGGCUCAGAUCAUUUUAGUGACAUGCAUGCAACAGCUCAAGUUUUCUUUGAUCUGGUUUCUGUAGCAGACAUUAUAAUGGCAGCUGCUUUCUGUCAGCAGGAGUGUCAGACGACUGGCAUGUCUUGAAUUAAGCCACUGCACGUGUACACAGUUGCUGUUUCUGCUGUUGUUAGUACAAAAUCGCAUCUUAAAACUUCUUAAGAGCAUUUUGGAAACAUUAUGUAAAUUUAUAGCACCUACCAACAGUUUGCCAAGUAGGUGCCAUGAUGAAUUGGUGAAAAGCAAGUCCCAGCAGCUGACAUGAUCAUUACUAAAUUUUUAAAAAAAUAAAAUGACCCUGAUCUAAUUUCUGGUUUGGUCCUUUCCCUAAAUGUAACAAAUUAGUGUUAUACCUGACCUCCCCCCACUUCCUUUUUUCUUUUUGAAUGAAGGUCUUACUAUGAUGGGUCGCUCUUUGACAGAAGCAUCCACAGAAGUUUAGAUCCAAGAGAGCAUCAAAAUGACGCAUCUUAUAACUGUAAAUGAUAAAUUAUGAAGACACAUGCAGUGUGUGUAAUGCUUCAAUUUCUUACUGCACACCCAAGAUGGCACUUUCACACCAGUUUCCAGCAUGGCUUUGCAGUCCUGAAUUUCUACCAUCCCUAAAACACGUCAGUUGAUUUUGUUAUGUUUCAGAUUAUUUUAUAAGCCCGUUUAAGUAUAUUAAAUGUUUCAGAUUGACUUUGUUAAAACGCUAUUAGUUUUGCCUGUUAGAAAAUGUUACUACUUGUUGCAGUAUGUUGGACCAAGAAAUACAUACCACCUGUCUCUCAAAAUACAUAGUGACUGUUUCUGUGUUGUGGACAGAUUUAUAUGUUGGAUUUCUCAAGGUACUUCAGUGGAUGAAGGCAGCAAUUGACAUAGAAUUUAAAAUCCGUAUUCUGGGUAUUUGCGAUCUUGUAGUGUGGAGUAAAGAACAAGAUUACAUCAGCAUCCAAAUAAGCAGUAUGUUCCUGAAGUCGAAUUACAGGUUUUGUGGCUGGCUGAACAAUGCUGUGCAAGCCUCGACACUUUGCAGGAUGAAUGCACACAAAUCUGGGGGGCAAUCACCUUUUUGUCUCCAGUUCUCUUAUGGCUUGAUGAUUUUUCAAGUUCUUAGUCACAUAAUUAGAAGCCAGUUAUCAAAUGUUUUGUGAUAUUUGUUGGGGUUUUUUUUUUUUUUUGUUGCUAUGCUGAUUUUUUCUGAGUGGUGUCUGUGACAGUGGUUGCAAUGUGUAAUAGUUUUUUUGUUGAAAUCUGCUUUAUAAACAGCUGUAAAAUUCUGUUUCUACCUUCUUUUUUUUUUGUCAGGAAAAGCACAGUAAAGUCUCUUACUCAUUUCUGUCAUCGCUUCCAGCUUGCCCCCUUUCAGUAUUUAUUUCACUUGGCAAUCUUUUACUAUCAGUGAGUGAUAACUGUCUUUGUAAAACAGGUUGACUGUUGAGAAGUUUUUAGACUGUACCAAAGACUGCCACAGCCUGACACCUCAGCCAUAGGCAUUUUAGUGGUCUUGAUGUGUGAAUUGAUGUAAAUAGCUCAUUUUUAGAUGUUCACUCAGAUGUUGCAUUGAACUGCAGAAAUUUCUUUCCACAUGUCUGUUCAGCAGAAAAUCAUGUUGCAUUAAAAUUUGGGUCUAUGUGCAAUUAUAGCCUAUACAGGGUCGACUCCCCUUGGCAAAAUAAGAGCUUGCCUGCUAUACGAGAAUUCAUUAUAAUUUGCUCUGGUAUUAUCUAGGCUGUUGCUUUCUGAUAUGCUGGAUGGUGGCUGUUUUGUCUAGUUCAAUUACAACACAUCAAUAUUUAUCAUUUGUAUAAUGUCAUAAAACAAGAAAGGGAAAACUGAUUACAUGCAGAAAGUAGUUUGUAUGACUAGUGGUUUGGUUAAAGAUGUGGAAAGUGGAAACAACAGUGAAAAAUAGCAUGUUAAGUUGGUGAGCUAUUUGCUGAUAGAGUUAGGAGGGGUUUAUUUUUGAAAAAGUUGAUGAGGUAAAGAUGUAAACUCCUGGUAAUUUAUUUUUGAGGACCAAUAUUGUUUAUGGCUAUUAAUCCUUUAGUCAAAGUCAAAGUUCAUAAAGGUAAAACUUUUUUUUCCUUCUCCUUCCACCCAGAUAUAAUGCUGUUCCUUCUUUUCUUGAGCAAUCUCUCAUGUCAAGAUAGUUGAGUAUAUUGCCUGUAUUAAAUAUUUCAGACUGGUGUGGCAUCUCUUAAAGCUUGUUUGUGCACAAAGGCCAUAUAAAUAACCUGUUUAAAUGAAAUAACUUUAAUCUGUCUCUCAACUUUCAACGUAAAGACAAAAUGCACAUUUUGAUAAAGAUGUUUGGAAUUUUUAAUGAAUUUUUUUGGUUGUUGAAGUGAGAGAGGGGGAUUUCGAAGAAAGGGUUGAUUUUUGCAAGCUGUGAUUGUUAUAUUUAUCACUUGUGUCAUACUUGGUAUUUACACCUUAUGAGCACUAAUCUUUCAGACAUGCUCUGAUUUUCAUAUUUAUGAUAAAUCAGAAAAUUACUUUUUUUUAAAAAUCAUGAUACAUAAGCUUCUAGAUUUGGCAUGCAAAAUGGUCUAAAUGGUAAAAGAUGCAAACCUUGUUUUUCCACAACUCUUCAUUACUACCAUUGUUUUCCUCUCUUGUGCACACAUAUAUAGCAUUUGCAUCCAUACACAAACAUAUCUACAUCUGUAUUUGUAUGUCAAAAAUUAAAGAUACCUUUCUGGGAAAGUGACAAAUACUGUAGUGAUUUACAGUUCUGCAUUUCAGAUUUGUGUGUGAAUUUUUAGAUUGUAUUGGCUUGCUGGUGUCAACGUUUAAAGUUCGGUGUAUAUUUGCAUUGAGUAGACCAGGAGUAUCAGAACUGCCUAGGUCUUGGUAAAACAUCUGUAGGCAUGAAGAGAGUUGUGUCAAUAUUUCUUACUAAGACUUCCUACAUACAAAAUAGUUUAUUUUUCUUCCACAUUGUCUUCUACAAAGCAUAAAAAUGACUGAAUAGCACGAGACUACGUCUUGUCGUUUCCAAAACAAGAAAAAGGCCAAGCCUUCACUCGCCCCAUUUUUGGUUCGAUUUUCUAUGUGUACCUCCUUUUAAAAUAAUAGUUUGGUGUCUAUUGCUAUUGCCAUUUUGUAUUGUCCUUUACUCUGCAAGGAAGUGAGAAAGAUUCUGUGCAUGUAAACAUUAUGUGCUACCUUUAACUGUAUAUUGCUUGUGUGAAUAAAGUUUUUGGUUUUUAUGAAGA